UUGAAAUAAAUUGAAAAAUGGAAAUGGAAAGCUAAAUUUAGCUUUUUAUAGGGUUGGAGUGAAAAGUGGGUUUGGGGAGCUAAAAAGCCAUAUUUGGCCAUUUGGGGAGCUAAAUUCCCCUUUAUGGGUUGGAGUUAGUCUUAGUGGCCAAAUGAAUAACGUGGAUAUAUCGGCAGUUUACUUUGGUAAGAAUAUUGCUCUGCCAAUCAGAAGUUCUUGGCCUAGAUAUUGGGUGUUGGGGUUGUGUGGGUCCAGGAUAAGUAUUUGAGACUGCCUACCCUUAUAGCCCAAUCUAAAAUGGCCACGUUCCGAUAUUUUGAAGAGAAGUUGUUAGAACGACUUCGGUCGCUUUAGCUUUGUCGUUGCAUGUUAUGUCCUAUUUCAAGUUACCUCUCUCCGACACAAAUCAGGCUUUGUUAGCCAAGAUUGGAUGGUGUAUCCUAAAUGAACCUCUCUCCCUUUUAGCUCAAGUGUACAAAGGGAGAUAUUUUCCUAAUGUUACUUUACUCGCUACUAAAGCUCGCUCUCGUCCGUCUUGGGGAUGGCAGAGUAUCCUAUAUGGUCGGGAGCUUUUGGGGAAGUGGCUUCGGUGGUAAAUUGGUAAUGGAAAGAAAGCUCCUCUCCUCCGCUCCAAAUGGAUUCCCCGGCUUCAUCCUCAUACACAUGUGUUUAAUACCCGAGUUUUGUCUGAGGGUGGCAACAUGCUGGUGGCAAAGGUCCUUAGCCAAGGGCAAGGACGUUGGUGCAACCAAAAAAUUAGCCAAUGAUUUGAUCCGGCAACAUGUCGUGCCAUCAAAAAAAUUCCUCUUUCCCAACAGAAAGUUGAGGAUAGACUAAUAUGGCAUGACACGGCUUACGGGAUUUUCACUUUUAAAUCAGCCUAUCGUUUUGUCGUCUCGUUGGACAAGCAGAAUGGUCAAUGGAGAUCCUUGGCUAGUUGGAUGGAUAGGUCCAGCUGGAUGCAUUUGUGAGAGGCCAAUAUUCCACCCAAGUUGAAAGUGUUCUUAUGGUACAUUUUCAAUCACAUCCUGCCUACGAUGGAAGCUCUAAUAGAGAAAGAUGUCCCGGUACUUGCUCGUUGCCCAGUUUGUUGGGCAGAAUCAGAAACAAUGGAACAUUUGUUCCUGGAUUGUCCUGUGGCUAGGGCUUUAUGGGAUUACUCGGGACUCGAGCUUCUAGGUCAAAAGGGCUUCCGCGCCACACGUUCCUGCUCUUCCUGAAAAAGUUGAUGGUUCUCUUUGAUCAAGCUCAACUGUUUAUGCGGGUGGUGGCAAUCUUUUGGAGGAUCUGGCGGUCACGAAAUUAGGUAGUCUUUGAGGGCAAACAGUUUGGAUUCCCAGCUUUGAUGUGACAAUUUAACCAACAAUACCAUGAAUAGAUUAGUUUUCCUGUCGACCAUGGUCUUCGUGUGCUCCCCCCCUUUUCCACAACCUCUGGGUGUUGUGCAUCUGAACUCGAUAGUCUAUAUGUGGGAUGGGGCUACGAAAUGUGGUUCCCAUUCGCAGGCGGGAUGGUUAUUUUGGACGAAGAGGGUAUCAUUCUCUUGGCUAAAGGGGUGCAGUUUCAGGAUAUCGAUGAUCUAAUGGUCGUUGAGCUACUAGUUUUCCGGGAGGCUAUUCUCUUCUGCUUAAGCCAUGGAUUUCUGGUGGUGAGGUUUGAAGGUGAUGCGCAAGUGGUCAUUAAGAAGAUCCUUCGUGCUGAUGCCCGCGAUACUCGGAUGGGGGCCAUUCUGGAGGAGGUCGUGCAACAUUUUGCUAAUCAUAGUGGGUACGAUUUGUAGGUCGGAGUACCAAUAGGGUAACCCAUUUGGUCGCUAAGAAGGCCCUUUGUUUGUAUCUAACUAUGUCGCUCUUUUGAUUUUUUGGCUUGAUUGAAUUUCAGGAUGUAACUACCUAUUUUUCCAAUCAAUAUAUCUGAUUAUCUUUUGUCAAAAAAAUAACAAAUCAUAUCUUAUUUUUUCCAUUCAAAUUGUAUUAUCGUACAGAAAAAUAAGAUUAAUUAUAAUCUACAACAUAAAAAGCUGGUUUUUUAGAACCCAAUUGAAUUUUCAAUUAAUAUUAGAUUGAUUUGCAUCAAUUUAUGAUUAAAAAAAAUAUGACAACUAGACCGAUAUAAUUUGAUCCCGUUUUAGCUUUUAUAAAAGGUGUUUCUAAUUGAAAAUUGAAAAAUAUAAUACUCUAAAAAAUUUGAGGAUUUAACUGAUAAACUAUUAGAAAUACAUUUUAAUAUCAAUACGAUGUUAAAUGAUUAAAAAGUUAUCAUUUAUAUAUACAAUAAUAUAAAUGGAAAAUUAUACAAUAAUAUAAAUGACUAAAAAUUUAUCAUUUAUUUAUGUUUUGUGUGCUUAUUUGUAGAUUCACCGAUGCUCUUAUUGAAGUCUUAUUUGUGUGCUUCAGUCAAGACUUAUUUGUAGAUUCACCAAUGCUCUUAUCGAAGUCUUAUUUGUGUGCUUUCAGUCGAGUCUUACAUGAAUGGAGGUAGUCGAGCGCUCCCAUAUGUCGCUUGAUUGAAUUUCUCAUCUCCCAUGUUGUUUGGUACGUCUUUCCUCCAUUAGCGCCAUUAACGCUCAUUAAAGUAAAAAAUUUAAAAAUUUAAUAAUGAUAGAGAGAUAGAGUACUUAGCUUUAUGUUGAAGAAGCGGAGCUUUAAAAUAGCACGUUGUACCUAUUAAUCACAACUUGAGUUGUAACUUACUGGUCAGUAUGCUUGUCUAGCGGAAGAGUGGCGUGGUUUCAAGGACUGGCGGCGACGACAUUAUUUUUGAAGAGUUUCGUGCCUGUUGGGCCAGAAGCGGCGCCGGCCGCGAGUUUGGAUUUGUUGGCCCAUGUGACGCUCGUCGCACCCAAGCGGACAUUGAAGGCGGGCCGCCAGCUGACUGAGAAGAAGACGACCGACGCCAAUGAAAUCUUUCUUUCGCUCAAAUACUGAUAUUCAAUCUUUUUCGAUUAAUUAUAACCGCCCAAUCUCCCCGGUCGCCGUGAUUACUCUUCCUUUAUGCAUGGCGGUGGUGGCUAUGGUAAUUGACUGGAUGGUAGCGCGGUCAGCUUAAUCUGGACGAGUUUAAUUACUCUCGGCCGCCAAGGAACCGCGUAUCAAGUGGAAGUUGGACGACAUCGUGGCGGCGAAGGGGAGAGUGAGUAGAGCUUCGAGGAAUAGUAGUGUGAAAGAGAGUAGUGGAGAGUUGAUUGGGCGCGAACACAUCGUGGUGGGAGAUGAAGCACUGGGGCUUCGAAUCUCGGCGAAGGAUCGUGACUGCUGCAACGGUAGUGAGCUUUAGGUUCCCUCCCUACGUCGUCGGGUUGCAUUGCCAUUGUUGUGAACGGAGGCAGGGGAGCUCGCUAAGCUUGAAGCGCACCACCACGCAGAGAAUUUUGGCAGAGGUCUAGUGGCAGCGUCUACUUUUCUGAAACGUCUCCAAACUGGCAUCCACUGCACAAUUUUGCCUCGAUAAACACGCUGGUCCCAACCUUCUGAAAGAGAGAGCAGCUUCCUUUGUCUUUUCAUACUGCUCGACUACAGGAGCUACGCAAGUGGGAGAAGGACGAUGUCGACAUGACAGCUACAUGACGGUAAGGUUUCUCCCUCGCCGGAUGCUCGAUGUCGGGAGUAAAAUUACCGGAAUCUGGAUUGCUUUUUUGCUUUUCUUGUUCUUCGGCGACAUCAGCUCUUGCUUUUGAGAAUAGAUGUGAGUUUCUCUU